CUGGAAAAGAUCACAAUGGAAUCCUUGAGAUCUGGUAAAUUCUUCGUUUAUGACUCUGAGCUAUCCUUUAUCAAUCCGUCAUCAGGAUUAGCAGAAUUUGAUGAUCAAGGACUCUACUAUACUAGAUCCCAUGAUAAAAUUGUUGCUGAAAAGGGUACAGAUAAAUCAUAUAGCCAAGUGUUAUUACCAAACUUUGAAUUUCAACAUGAGGGUAUAAGCCAUAAAGUUGUCAAAUACUAUCCAACUUAUGAUUUAACGAAUGCAAUUGUUGCAACAGAGAUGGAAACUGUCUAUAGACAUUCAUCAUUGGCAUAUUAUUGGAUACAUAACAUAGCUGAGAACUCUUUCACUCCUUUGGCAACUGGUGAACAAGGCGCUCUUGUCAAAUUAUCUUUUGCAACUUGGUCUCCAAAGUACAAUUAUAUUUCAUAUAUCCAAGAUAACAACUUGUAUGUUAAGAGUUUGAAAACUUCAGAUAUCAAACAAAUUACAAAUGAUGGCUCAAAAACUGUUUUGAAUGGAAGAACAGGUUGGGUCUAUGAAGAAGAAGUUUUAGCCACUGGUAAAGCAUUAUGGUGGUCCUCUAAUGAGAAACAUUUGAUAUUCAUGAGGACAGAUGAAAGCGGUGUUCCAAGUUACGGCAUUGAUUAUUAUGUUCAAGAUCCAAGUGGCGCUUAUAAAUACCCUAAAACUAAAGAGAUCCCAUAUCCAAAACCAGGCUUUAGCAAUCCAAAAGUUUCAAUGAAAGUUUACUCUGUUGAAUCUGAUGAAACUCAUGAAAUCAAAAGAGAAUCAGACCUUGGUGAUGAGUAUAUCAUUUAUGAGGCAUUAUUCAUAGAUGAUGCAAAUUUCAUUAUCAAAGAAACAGAUAGAGAAUCCAACAUACUACAUGUUCGUCAUUAUAACCCAGUCUCAGAUGAAAGUAAAGUUGUUUAUAAAGUCGAUGCUGUCAAAGAAUACAAUGGUUGGAUUGAAAAAUUCAAUUCCCCUAUCCCAAUUCCUCCAAAAAGUGGAUCUUCAUCAUGGGGUUAUGUUGAUACAAUCGUUGUUAACGGCUAUAAUCAUCUGGUUUAUUUUGAAAGUACAACAACAGAAACACCAAAAGCUUUAACUAGUGGUGAAUGGGAAGUGCUAAAUGCUCCUUUGGCUUACAACAAGGAGAAAAAUCUCGUUUAUUUUGCUGCCAAUAAGAGAGCCUCAACAGAUAAGCACAUCUAUUCCGUUGACUUGGAGACCGGAAAAAUAGAUAGCUUUACUGAUGAUUCUGACCAAGCAUAUUAUGAAGCUGAAUUCUCACCAAAUGCUAAAUAUGUUUCAUUGUACUAUAAAGGGCCUGAAACGCCAGUGCAAAAAUUAUUCAAAGUUGAAGGAAAGUUAGAAAUGAAACUUUUAUCAAUCUCCACUUAUUUGGAAAUGUCAAAAAGAACACAUGCAUUCCCAAAAAAGAAUUUCCACAAAGUUGAGGUGAAAACAGCUGAAGAUGAAACCCCAGUCGAAUUGAAUGUUAUUGAAUACUUGCCACCAAAUUUUGAUAGCUCAAAAAAAUACCCAUUAUUAGUUCAUUUCUAUGGUGGCCCAGGCUCCCAAGUUGUCAAUUCCAAGUUUGAUGUUUGGUUUGAAGAUAGUGUCUCAUCUGCAUUAGAUGCAGUUGUAUUAUAUGUGGAACCAAGAGGUACAGGUGGUAAAGGUUGGAAAUUCCGCUCAUGGCAAAGAAAGAAGAUUGGAUAUUGGGAACCUAGGGAUAUUACUGAAGUUGCCAAAACAUGGAUUAGUAAAGGUUUCAUUGAUGCUGACAGAACCGCAGCUUGGGGUUGGUCAUAUGGUGGAUUUACUACGUUGAAAACUUUAGAAUUUGAUGCUGGUGAAACUUUCAAAUAUGGUAUGGCUGUUGCACCUGUUACAAACUGGUUAUUUUAUGACUCUAUUUAUACUGAAAGAUAUAUGGACAAACCUCAAAACAACAAGGAAGGUUAUGAGAUUUCUCAAAUCAGUAAAGUUGGAAACUUGGGUAAAGCUAAUAGAUUCCUUAUUAUGCAUGGUACAGCUGAUGAUAAUGUUCAUAUUCAAAACACAUAUUCACUGUUGGAUCAACUAGAUUUAGGUGGAGUUGAGAAUUAUGAUGUUCAUGUUUUCCCUGAUUCUGACCAUAGUAUUUAUCAUCAUAAUGCUAAUAUCAUUGUCUAUGAUAAGUUAUUCUCAUGGUUGAGAGAUGCAUUCCAAGGGGAUUUUGACAAAUUGGGAGCAAAAUGA